CACUCUCCUACUUUAUCCGCCAAUGUCCUUCCCUGUUAAAGAAAUCGCGACAAAGCCUUUCGAAGGCCAAAAGCCGGGCACUUCAGGCCUUCGAAAAAGGGUCAAAGUCUUCCAGCAGGAGCAUUACACCGAGAACUUUAUCCAGUCUAUCUUCGAUUCCAUCCAGACAAAGGGAUCGACUCUCGUAAUAGGUGGCGAUGGACGCUACUUCUCACCAGAGACCGUCCAGACGAUUCUCAAGAUUGGGUCUGCUAACGGCGUCGCUAAGCUGAUCAUCGGAAAGGACGGCAUACUAUCCACCCCCGCUGCUUCCAACGUUAUCAGGAAGUACAAGGCUGAUGGUGGUAUCCUCCUGACCGCCAGCCACAACCCUGGUGGUCCUAACAACGAUUUUGGAAUCAAAUACAACGUAUCUAAUGGUGGCCCUGCCCCAGAGAACGUCACCGACAAAAUAUACGCAAAGACCAAGACGAUCACUAGCUACAAGAUCAUCGAGGACAAACCGGUUGAUCUGUCCAAGAUUGGAGAGUUUACCUAUGGUCCUACGAAAGUUUCCAUAAUCGAUUCUGUUGACGAUUAUCUGAUCCUCCUCGAGGGAAUCUUCGACUUCCCUCUCAUCAAGUCCUUCCUCUUUUCUCACUCCGAUGAUUAUCGUGUAUUAUUUGACGGUCUCCACGGCGUUACCGGCCCGUAUGCGUCCAAGAUCCUUGUCGAUACCCUCGGUUUACCGCCUACUUCUGUCCAGAACUGCGUGCCUCUUCCAGACUUUGGCGGAGGACACCCCGAUCCCAAUCUCACUUAUGCUCAUAGUCUGGUCGAUGCCGUCGAGAAGAAUGGUAUUGAGUUCGGAGCGGCAAGUGACGGCGAUGGUGAUAGGAACAUGAUCUACGGCAAAGGCGCGUUCGUCACUCCUUCAGACUCCGUGGCUAUCAUCGCGGAUUGGGCCGAUGUUAUUCCUUAUUUCAAGAAGCAAGGCGGUGUGAAGGGUUUGGCGAGGAGUAUGCCUACAAGCAAGGCCAUCGACUUGGUUGCGAAGAAGAAGGGUUUGGAAUACUUUGAAGUUCCUACCGGUUGGAAAUUCUUUGGAAACUUGAUGGAUGCUGGGCGGUUGUCCAUUUGUGGAGAAGAAUCUUUUGGUACCGGAUCAGACCAUAUCCGUGAAAAGGAUGGUCUCUGGGCAGUUAUUGCUUGGUUGAACAUUAUCGCCGCAGCCAAUGCUAAGUCUCCCAACAAGCUCAUUGGCAUUAAUGACCUGCUCGAGUCCCACUACGCGACUUAUGGUCGUUCGUUCUUUAGCCGCUACGACUACGAAGAGGUCCCUUCUGAGGGUGCCCACGCUAUGGUUGAUCACAUUAACAAGGCCCUGGAGUCGGGUUCCUUGAACAACUCCGUGCACACAUCUGCUUCCACCGCCACCACGUUCACGGUUUCAGGACUGUACAACUUCUCAUACACGGACCCCAUCGAUCAUUCGGUGUCGAAGAAUCAGGGUCAGGUUAUUACAUUCGCUGAUGGUUCCCGGGUGGUAUUCAGACUGAGUGGUACCGGGAGUCAGGGCGCGACCGUUCGUAUGUAUGUGGAGAGGUAUGUACCUCCAGAGGCUGGACCCGCUGCCUUGAAGAAAGAUGCGGCGGAAGGCUUGAAGGGCUUGAUCGAGGUAGCCCUGGAGAUCAGCAAACUGAAGGAAUUCUUGGGCAGGGACAAGCCUACCGUUAUCACUGUAAGCUUGCUCGUUCAUGCCCCUCCUACUUUUGAGACUAACAAUUCGUCCCUUCCAGUAAUCUGAAAUGGUGUGAUCUCGAGAGUUGAAAUAAUGGACAAACUAAUGGAUGUAAUAUUACUACUCGUAUUAGAUGAGGUUUUUUUUU